AAAUACCUUUUGUUUCUCUCACGUUGGGGCUACUUGUUUUAGGGCGCAAAGGAACGGCUUCGAAAGGGGGUAUUUCCCCUGCCGAGAACCGGGAAUCUUACCCCGGCCCGCGCACGCGACCCGCCGGUGCGCCUCGGCCCGCGGACUAUCCUUCAUACACAGACUUGGAAUCUUCCCUUUUUUUACUCCAUUCAAUCAACUUAGCAGGGUUUCAAGAGCAGCGUUUAUAAAUUUCCAGAAUGGAGAUCUCCUCUCAUCAGUCUCACCUCCUGCAACAACUGAAUGAGCAGCGCAGGCAGGAUGUAUUUUGUGACUGCAGUAUUCUGGUUGAAGGAAAGGUCUUUAAAGCCCAUCGAAAUGUAUUAUUUGCUAGUAGCGGCUACUUUAAAAUGCUUCUUUCCCAGAACUCCAAGGAGACAAGUCAGCCAACCACAGCAACAUUUCAGGCUUUCUCCCCUGACACUUUUACAGUUAUCCUGGACUUUGUCUAUUCCGGCAAGCUCUCUCUCACAGGUCAGAACGUCAUAGAAGUGAUGUCCGCUGCUAGCUUCCUUCAGAUGACUGAUGUCAUUAGUGUAUGUAAGACCUUUAUUAAAUCUUCAUUAGAUAUUAGUGAAAAAGAAAAGGAUCGCUAUUUCAGCCUUUCGGAUAAAAAUGCCAGUUCUGAUGGUAUAGAACGCUCCUCUUUUUAUAGCGGCGGCUGGCAAGAUGAAAGCAGUUCUCCACAUUCUCACCUAAGCCCAGAUCAGGGAACAGGUAUAAGUGGGAAAUCUUGGAGUAAGUAUAAUUACCAUCCAGCCUCCCAAAGGAAUACUCAACAGCCUCUGGCCAAGCAUGAACAAAGGAAAGAUUCCAUUAAAAAAUCCAAACAUUUGAGGUUGUCACAGCCUUCUGAAAUGGCUCAUUAUAAGUCAAGCAAACGAGAAGCACGAACAUCUGAUUCUUCUAGCCACAUUUCACAAUCUGAAGAACAGGCACAAAUGGAUGCGGAAAUGGACUCUACUCCUGUUGGCUAUCAGUAUGGUCAAGGAUCUGAUGUCACAUCAAGAAGUUUUCCAGAUGACCUGCCCAGGAUGAGGUUCAAGUGCCCGUACUGCACACAUGUGGUGAAGCGGAAGGCAGACCUCAAGCGCCACCUUCGUUGUCACACAGGAGAAAGGCCCUAUCCCUGUCAAGCUUGUGGGAAAAGAUUUAGCCGGCUAGACCAUCUAAGUAGCCAUUUUCGAACAAUUCACCAGGCAUGCAAACUCAUCUGCAGAAAAUGCAAACGCCAUGUGACUGAUCUAACAGGUCAAGUGGUACAGGAAGGAACCAGGCGCUACAGACUCUGUAAUGAGUGCCUUGCUGAAGUUGGCAUAGACAGCCUCCCCAUUGAUUUGGAAGCUGAACAGCAUCUUAUGUCCCCAUCAGAUGGAGAUAAGGAUUCCAGAUGGCACUUGGGUGAAGAUGAGAAUAGAUCAUACGUGGAGAUUGUAGAGGAUGGGUCUGCUGAUCUGGUCAUACAACAGGUUGAUGAUAGUGAAGAAGAAGAAGAAAAGGAAAUAAAGCCCAAUAUCAGGUAGCUGGGAUGUGAACCAACAGAUCUGGCAUGUCUGCAACUUACAUUGACUUCCCAUAACUCUCUCUUUCCACAGUCAGAGUCUGGUUAACAAAUUAUCAGACUGACUUGAAAGUAAUGACCUGAUAUCACUUGCAUGCUUUCUGAACAGGCCAUUGUAUCCAUUCUGAACUUUGUUGCCCUAAAAUCUGUUGCUGCACUGGAAAGAAAGACCUAGCUUGAGUUGGCAUGAUGGAUGAACAAUUAAUCCUCUUACUUUUAUUACAGAGAUACCUUUUUUUUUUAAUAUUGGAAGAUCUACUUAGUGAACUUUUUCAAAGAAAAUAUUUUAAAUAAAUUCACCACAACCAAACU